AUGUCGUAUACUCAUACACCAAAUGGACAAUGUUCAGUCAGUGGAUGCUACCAACAAGCCCUUCCCAACCAUUCUUUUUGCGCCAGCCAUAAUACUUCCGGCCAUGAUUCAAGUAAAAAGAAUAAGGACAAGGACAAGAAGAUUAAUAAAAAAGAUUUAAAGACCAUUGGUAAAGCCAUUGUAAAGACAAUUAAACUAGCUUUAAAGAUUACAAAUGCAGUUAACGAAAUUCAAGAGAAUAAUGAAUAA